AACUCAAAAGUGGUGGGCACUAUAGUAUAAUUUUUUGCAGAUGUUCCAUUAAAAUAUUAAGUUUAAAUAGAGUUUUGUGACUUAAUAUAUAGUUAAUUGAGACUUACUAUAAUUAAUAAUGGCAGAAAUUGAUGAAUUAGACCAGUUGGAUGAAUUAUUGCGAGCAGAUCUUGAUGUGGCGGCAAAUGAAGGUGAAAAUAAAAAGCCUAAUAUAAAAGAAGUGAAUAUCUUUAAUUCAAUCGACACUUCAGAAAAACAAUCUGAAGACUUGCCUUCGAAAUCAGUUAUCCACAACGGAGACACGGACUCUUCUGACGAUGAAGAAAAAAGAAAUUUUACAGAACGUAAAUACAGUGAAUAUGGAACUCUUAUAAAGAAAACUUUAGACGAUCGCGAACAGGAACAAAUGGAUAGGAGAAUAGAAUUUCAAAGCAGACUGCGGCAAGCCAAUAAACAUACAAAAACAAAGAAAACCUUUACUAGUAAUGUAGAAACCUUAGAACACAACAAUAAGAAUAUGUUUUGUGUUCCUGAGAAAAAAAGUACUUCGGCUUCUGAUGUUUAUACAGAUCCUAUAUUUGGUAUCAGGAUAACCAAGCCCUUGAUAUCCAGCGCAGCACUGUUAGACAGAAUGCAAGGCCGAGAGGCAGUCAAUAUGCUCAGAGUUAAAAGGUAUGUUGAAAACGAAGAUUUAUCAAAAGAUUGGGUUAUAGCGGGUGUAAUUGUUAGAAAAAGUGCACCUAAAAAAUCACAAAAGGGAAGUAAUUUCUCAAUAUGGACGCUGACUGAUUUAAAGGAUGAUUUGAAGACUGUAUCAAUGUUUUUGUUUCGUAAAGCUUACAAUGAUUUAUGGAAAACAUCAGAAGGUACAGUGGUUGUGGUUUUAAACCCAAAUGUUCUAGAUAGAUCUCAAAAUUCCACCGAUCAGGCCUGCUUAAGUGUUGAGAAUUCUGAUAGAGUUAUGAUACUCGGUCAAUCAAAGGACUUAGGUAUCUGUAAAAGUAGGAAGAAAAAUGGUGAACCCUGUUCAGCAUUUGUAAAUGUAAGCCAAUGUGAACAUUGUAUAUACCAUAUUAAACAGGAAUAUCAAAAGUAUUCACAACGACAGGAACUUCAAUCCUCUACGAUGGGCAAAGGACUUCAUAAUUUACAGAAUAAAGUAUUCGGGAAAAGUAUAUUCAUGUACGGUGGCAAGUCUUACUCAGCCUUACCAUCAAGUGACCAUAAAAAAUUUAAGGAUAGAGACCAAAAUAGAUUAAUGACCCUAAGUGAUUAUUAUAAAUCUGAAGGAAACAAUCUAAUGGUGAAUAAAGCCCCAUAUGGGGCUGGACCUCAAGUAAGCAAAAGUGGCGUUUUACACAGUCCUACAACUCAAAAACUGAGUGACUCACAAAGAUUGAAUAACUUGUCAAAUGCCAAUAGAAAUAUUAGCCCCGAUACAAACAUUAGUUUGGCACAGAGAGUCAUGAAUUCCCCCACUCUAGGCAAAGGUUUUGGUUUGAAAGGUAAUGGAGUUAUUGAUUUGAAUGUUUCUUAUGGCGAGAAGAGAGCUGAAAAAGCUAAACUAAAUGCUAUCAGACUCAUACAACAAAAAGGUGGUAUAGAAAAACUAGAUCCUAACAAUAUAAAAGGUACCGAGGCUGGUAAGAAAAGGGCUUUGGACAAAUUAAACAGCUCUACGGGUGAUGAGAACGAUUGUAAGAAGGUCAAAGUUCAAGAAGAUGGAAAAAUGCCAAAAACUGUGAUGUCAGAGAGAUUUAAGAAAAUUCUUGAGGCGACUUCGUCACAUCAAAAUCUAAUAAAGCAACACGAGGAGAGCGAACAAGAUAAGUAUUUCAAUAAACUAGAGAAAAAAGAAGCAAUGGAGGAGAAAAUGCUCAAUACAUUUAAAUUAGCCUGUAAGGCUGUGAGGUGCGUCAAGUGUAAGUACACCGCAUUCUCAGCGGCCCAGAAAUGCAAAGAUGAAAGGCAUCCUCUUAAAGUGCUAGACACAUUUAAAAGGUUCUUUAAAUGUGCUGAUUGUAACAACAGGACUGUCACAUUGGAAAUCUUGCCGCUUCAUUCGUGUAGCAAUUGCAGCGGAUCGAGAUGGGAAAAAGCGCCUAUGUUGAGAGAAAAGAAAGUUGCUUUGUCCGAUGGACUCUCGAUAAGAGGCGAAGAGGAAUCACACUUUGGAGGACAAGUGACCGCUGGAAAAAAUAUAAACUUACUUGUUCCAGAUAAUUAGCUGUUAUAACAAAAAUAUAUCUAUUUAUUAUACAGACUGACUUUUUACGGCAUUCAUUAUGACAAUCGAAUGGGUUAUAAAUAAAAAACAAUAUAAAAAUAAAGCAUAAUAUAAUUUUAUUACGAAACUUCCAGUCAAUAACACUGAACCAUUCCAUAAACAGUGUCUGAUUUAAUACGAUUAGUCAUAGAUGGGGACAAUUUCACUGUUAUGCCAAAACAACAAACUUAGCUAAUAAAAACUCGUCUAUAAGUCAUCGUAAACGGCACAAAGUUACGCGAAAUUGUAACCUCUAUGGGGUGGAAUAAAUGGCCUUUAAAAUUUACACAGCCUUUUGAUUAUUUACUACAUGUUACAAAACAGAUCAGUGGUGCUAACAGUAACAUGUACCUUGUCUGGUGAUACCAAUGUAUUUACAAAACUUCAGAGGCAGUGGUCCAAACUGAACAUCGUACGAACUAGUCUCGGUGUCAACACACUUACAAUCGCAUUUACAGCCCUUAUACAGCUUACAUCUUCAUAUAAA